CCUGUAAAAUUUUUGCAGUGUGUAAUAUUGACGGUUGCAUUGAUUGCUCUUUUAUUUAUUUAUGCAUAUUUUGUGCUUAUAUUGCUUCUGGAAAUAGGAAAAAAUUAACAGAGCAUGACUUUCACUCGCGGUGGUAAUUAUAUUGCAAUAAGAGCGUCUCAGUUUACAAUUAUUAACUCAUACUCGAAGGAGGAGUAAAUUUAUAUGUUUGUCAAUGAGCUAUUUACGUUAUGACUUGUUUCACGAGAGUUUAUGGUUCGAUUUUGAAGUGAAUAAUGUCGGACGGUGAGUUAAGCGAUGGUGUAGGCGAUUGGAAAGACAAGUUUAAAACCGAGGUAAUAUAUUACACGUCUAGCUGUUAGAGUACUAGACCAUGAAACGUUUUAUAGAUUACAAGACAACUCAAAAAUUAUGUACAACUAUUUAAAGAGAAAUACACCAGCACUGUAUGAAACGAUAGUUUCAUAUUGACAUUACGAAAUAGGUUUAUUUAAUAGAUCUUUCAAUAUUAUAUGUCGUAUUCGUGUAUGUGCCAUAAUUGCAACAACGAAUUGUCUACAUUCAACCAUAUAUUUAUACUUCAUUUGGCCUAACAAAUUUAUCGUGAGAAUUUGUACUUUUGUAUGUUUCUAUGCUUGGCUAUUUUAAUAUAAAUGAACGAGGGCGAACGUUCCAAUGAAUAUGGUCCCAAUAAAUUAAUUAAACCUAUGGAAAUUAUUGUCAAGAGCAAGGUCAUCCUUGAAUGCCAUUAUGGAAUGAGAGCAGUCAGCAGUGCACACAGGUUCUUUUGGUACACAACCAGCAUGGUACACAAUUUUUCAAUUCAGUCAUCUCUGGCAUAGCUGCAGAAGUUAGGGAGCUGUGGGCUAAAACUUUGUGUUAUUUUCGUGUUUAGUAAAGGGUUAAGCAUUGGGAAAUUGCACAAAGUUUGUAGUAUAUUUGUACAUACAGUACACCGUGGAGCAAAUAAUGAGCAAUGCUACCAGUCCAUAAUCUAAAAGGCAACUCUAAAAUUAAUUCAAAAUGUACACUUUAAACCUUCCAAACUUAGUUGAAAUAUGAACUCUAGAGACUGGAGUUACAGACCAACUCAAAAAAUCAUUUGGAGACAGUGUGACUAGAGCUGCUGGCUAUAAAUCCUGUAAAAAUCAUUGGCCAUGCAUCUCGGUCCAUAAAAAUAGAAUCUACUGGCAUCUAGAUCUCUGGUGCACAUUUAUUACCGUAAUCAUGGCUAACAUAUCCCACUUUAGGUAUGUUUAAUACAUUGGCAAAAUCUAGUUGGUACCUACUCUGGCACCCAACAAGAUAUAGAAUUGAUAGAAAUGCAUGUUCUAUGUUCUAACUUCCAAUGAAACAUGAAAAUCCAAUCUUGUGAGUUUUGGCAAGGGAUGAGAGAUUUCGCAGUGAAGCCCAAAUGUCACCUGGUUUUUAAUAAACUAUAAGAUGUGCAUCACCAGUUGGGGAUAUGUGCUGGAUACCGGUAUCCACCUUUCUGGUAAAAUUUUGACAUCCGGCAGUAUCUGGUAAAAAUUUGCCGGAUAUUUAAUGGAUAGUACUGUAAGAUAUUUUGUUACAACCAUGAAACAGAACGUUUAUGGGCAUUUAAAAAUUGUGAAACACAAACAAUUACUGAGCGUUCACUGCAUUACGACGAAAUUAUACGACAUAUGUUUUUCGCGAAUGGUGAUGCGAACUGCUCGUUCACCGACAGCAGUGAAUUUAUAUACUGAAUACCAGUAAACAAUGUUUAUUUUUAUCAACUGAAUCCAGAAAAUAGUUUAAUAUUUUGUUAAUCAGUAUGUACUGUGAACUUUAAUAGAUAAAUAGGUCAAAGAAACAACUCUUGAAGUUAUUGUAGUAUUAUGAACACAUGCAUUGCCACAUUCGGACUAGUUAAUUAAGUUAUAAAAAUGUUGUGUUUCUAUGGGAGUAUCUGAUUAUUAUCCGGUUAUCAUUUUCUGCUGACCAGUAUAUGGACUACUAUCCGGCAAAACAGUACCCGGCACAUCCCUAUCACCAAUUCUCAGUUCCAUGUUUCUUGUAGGUUGAAUAUGCAAAACAUUUAUCUCAUGAAGAGGAGGAAAAAAUCUGGGAUCAUGAUGAUAGCCCACCAUCCUAUGCUUCCUUAUUUGGACAGUUUAAAGAAGCAAAAGAGAAGUCAGAAGGACCAGUUGAUUUAAUAAAAACCGCAUCACAGCUUUUUGCUGGAACGAGUAAGUUUGUACUUUUUAUAUUCGUGUAGCAUAGUCUCUCCUUGACAAGUAAAAUUGUCCUGUGUUAGACAGAGUAAAAUUAUAAUAAAGUAGGGCACAUUCUACCACUUAAAUUAAGGAACUUAAGUCUGUGGUAGUAUUAAGUGGUAGUACAUACUCUUGAUCCCCUUGAUGAAUAAAAUUGUCCAGCAUUAGACAUGCAGUCAUGAGAGUAAAAUAACGAAGUAGGCUGCAUAUUGGGGCACAAUGCAACUCAAUGGGUUAACUCAUUGAAUGCCACUGCUCUCCCUUUGAUGAGUCAUGAGCGCAGUAGACAGAGUAAAAUCACAAAGUAAUGCAACUCAAUGGGUUAAGUAGACACAUGAGCAGAUUAGUCUGAUUAAGCCAAUGAACACCAGCACUCGAUCGCCUUUGAUGAGUAAAAUCAUCUGGUGUUAGGCAGAGUAAAAUAAUAAAGUAGGGUGCAUAUUGGGGCACAAUGCAACUCAAUGGGUUAACACAUUGAGUGCCACUGCUCUCCCUUUGAUGAGUCAUGAAGCAGUAGACAGAGUAAAAUCAUAAAGUAAUGCAACUCAAUGGGUUAACACAUGAGCAGAUACAGUAGUCUGAUUAAGCCAAUGAACACCAGCACUCAAUCGCCUUUGACGAGUAAAAUCAUCUGGUGUUAGACAAAGUAAAAUAAUAAAGUAGGGCUCAUUCAGGGGCACAUUAUGCAACUCAAUAGGUUAAGUGACCUUAACUGGACUGACUAUCUCUUGAUUCAUUUGGUGUUUACCUGUAUUUCUAAAUGAGUAAUACUAAUGGGAGUAUGUUUGGCACUUGACUGUGUUAUCAACUGAUUGAUUAACUAUCACUGAAUAAAUUGUGUAAUUGUAUUUCAAUAAAUAAUAUAUAUAUAUAUAUAUAUAUAUAUAUAUAUAUAUAUAUAUAUAUAUAUAUAUAUAUAUAUAUAUAUAUAUAUAUAUAUAUAUAUAUAUGAAUAAUUAGUGAACUUAAUUGUAGCAGCUCUAUUAGUUACUUAAACUAUCUUGAGAUUCUUGGUAACAUUAGAACGUAUUCUGUUGUAUUUAUAGUUGAUUUCUUUUCAAUUAUGCGUGUUGCAAACCUACUAUAGUUGCCCAGAAGGCGAAUAAAUGUUGUCAGUUUUCAGUUUGUUAAUGCCAAAUUGUUUUUUAAUUAAUUGUUUUUUAUUUUUUUGCAGUUGGUUGUACAAUUGCAUUAAGUUUUCUCCUAGCUGUUCCAGUUGCAAUGAUUGCAGUAGGUAAGCAUACUGUAUAGCCACAGAAAAGUGUACACCACUCUGUAAUUGCUGCCUAAAAAAAGAAUGUCUCAUUAUCUCCCACAAAGUUCCCUUAUUCCCCACAAAGUUCCCUUAUUCCCCACCAUGUUCCCCUGUUCUCAGGCUAUUAGCUAGAAGGGCGUCCAGGCAUCCUGGGACGCCCCUAGAAUGAAAAAUGGACGCCUUUGGACACCCAAAUUCUGGGAGGAAAGGGAAAUUAUUUUCAAUUAUUUCCCUAAGUAUAUUAAUAUAUCUGAAACGAAAUUUUAGUAUCAUUAUUGUUAUUGUAUACAUUUUAUUUUGACAUAUUUUGAUCAAUUUGAUGGUGUACCUGGCUGAAUGAAAAUGUCAUAGUUAAGUAAAGAAGCAAUUAGCGGCACAAACUCACAAAGCCAAGUGUGUUUGAAAAGUUUCGAUCAAGCUUGAAACAGAUACUGACAUGAAGUAACGGUAACGUAAACUUCAAAGGUUUUCCAGAGGAGCGUUUUCUCGAAAUCCCCCCCCUUUACUGUAGACGUAUCGUUACACCAAAAUUGGACGCCCUCUUUCAGGACCCUGGCUAAAGGCCUGCCUGUUCCCCAAGCUUAGAUGUUUCCUUGUCCCCUUUGUACAUGUCCCCUACAAUUUUUCAGCUUUGUGUCUGUGUUUCCAGUGAAAAAUAUGGCUUGUUCCCUUGUUCUCUACAAACCCCUGGGAGACCCUGUAGAUAGAUCAGUUGAGUGUCUCUAAACUUUCAUAUUCGUUUUUCUCCUGGACAUUUCUACUUAUAAAAUUAAUUCAAUCAGUCGGCUUAGUGAAUAUAGGCUUGAAUGUGGAAUUCCUCAAUUCCAUUGUAUGUAGACAUUUUAAGUAGCAUAUUGAACAGUUGGAGAUUAAAUGAUCUGAAAAUAUAACAAAAACGUCGACGUUUCGAGUGAUGACUGACCAUGAAAUUCUUGUUAUACUGACAAAACUCAAUAUUGAAAUGAGUUUUCAUACUCAAUCAUCUCAUGAAAAGUUUCAUUGCAGUAAAAAUGAAGGUUUUUUUAGUUAAAUUUGUCUAGUAGAAAUAACCUGUCCUGUCAGAAACGCUAUCGCCUGCAUGUCAUUACACAACCUGUAAUCAAAGACGAAGUAAUUUUGAGCUAUUCUAAAGUAGUAUAUGUAACAUGCUCGUCCCCGGAGCCAUUUUCGUUGAAAAUUUGUACGCUCAGUCUGUGGCUCAGGGUUAAACGACUAAAGGGAGAGAUCUAAUUGGCUUCUCAGAUAUUUCUCAGAAGUUGAGAACGUUUCGAUAGGCAAAAUUAUUCCAUUGCACUUCCGGUUCCGUGUAUCCCAGGGCCCAUGAAGGUCGCGUACAGCCGAGAGGCCUCGGGAACGAGGAUGUACAGUAAAUGUAAUAAAGACUAAUAUCGUGAAGCUUCCGUCCCUUUAACCUGGGGGUGGGGGAGGAACUCUGUCAAUAUUAUUUUACAGUCAGUUACAAUCUCUAUUAUCUGUAGAAUGAAUGUGAGCGCUAGCCGUCCCAGAUAAAAUUUUAAUGUGUAAAUUCCAAUGAAAUUGCAAUGGCAUGGUUUCAAAUAGCGUAGCCAAUCAGCGAAAGGGUGCUUAAAUGUAGUGUAAAUUUUAUGGCUCGUCCAGGAUGGAUUCUCGCAGCUCCGUUGGUUAGAGCGCUGUAUCGGAAUCGCAGGGUCGCAGGUUCGAUUCCUGCAGAGGGCUUAUGGUUGCAUCAGUAUCGCAGCUGAUCCUGGUUUGGUCUAGCCCUCGUUCCCAGGCUCUCUCCUCCUAGGAGAGGAAAGAGCCUGAGUAGAGGAAAGUGCCUGAAAACGAGGUUGGUUAUGUCUAAAAUAGCAUGCGAGCAGCGAUAUCUAAAAAUGUAUAAAAUUUACACUCGAAAUUGGCACUCGUGUAAACCCAAAAAUAUUUCAAAUAGAGCAAAGAAAUUUAAGCGAAAAGUAUUCGACUUUACUGUUUUGAGAGCUGAGAUGUUCGAUUUGCAAGCGGUACAAAAAGGUAACGGCGUUUGUGUUCACACGAAGCCGCCAAGCGCUCCGUUUUCAUCUCGCUCCGUUUAGAAACCGUGCUCAAAUGAUUACGGCAAUUUCGCUUCGGCGUAAUCUGAACGCGACGGCUAAUUGUGACUUGUCCGCGCCGUUUUCAAACCACUCCGGCGUGGUCUAAAAUAAUGGGAUAAAGUUCCACGUAGGGAUAAGCAAUGUUUUUAUCUUAUCUGUGACUGUUUAUCUUUAUGUGCAAGUGACCGGCGUCACAGUGCAUACUGUCACCCCAAAAGUGUCCCCCGGACACUAUCCGCUAGCGGAUAAUGUCCCCGCUUGCGUAUUCUGUCCCCCUCGCAAACUAUGCGAUUACGUUCAUAGAAUGAGACGUUUUACGAAAGGAGUGUGGGUAACGCUUUUUUAAGUUUUUCGUAACAGUUUGUUUAACUUGGAAAUUUGGAAUGCUUGUAAUUAAAACCAAUUCUGUUUACAGCAACAGAGGCAUUUUAAUUUAUUCAAUCCUUUUUAUUAUUGCAUUAAUCCUACUGUUAUUGAAAACAAAGUCAAAGAAAUGUCUUGGAAGAUGCAAAGGGCCACGGGAGUGCGGGAUAAGUGAUUGGGAUGGCUCAUUUUAGCAAAAUUGAUCCGUCAUUGAUUUUGCUCACAUUUUUCCUGUUCCAUGCCAGGACAAAGUGAAGACGAACCACUUCCCCGGAUGUCCCCUCCACCAAAAAGAUAUUUCUGUUGUAAUAAAAGAGCCCAAGUUCAAUUGGCUGAUUUAGAAUCUACAGGGUUUCAAAGACUAAAACUAUCAGUUGCGUUUAUUCAUAGACAUAGUUUAUAUAUAAAAGAGCCAUAUAUGUUGUAUUCCUUGCGUGUGUGAUUGAGUGUAUUCAUUCAAAAAUAUAUGGGAAGGCCUGAUACUUUUAUACCUGAUGCAACGAUGACUUAAAAAAAAUGCCAUUUUCCUCUCAAGUGGCUAUUAAUUUCUCAGCCUGAUUUUGUUUUAGACUUUAGUCACUGCUUUGUAUUUCUUUGUACUGAAACAUGAUAUGCACGUUAUUCUUGAAAUUCAAGAAUGAUUAUUUAGCAGAAUAUUAUUCAUUAAAGCAGAAUUUGAUAAAAAGUCUGAGCAUUUUUCGUUCACUACAUAUGGGGGGACACUAUUCACGGAAAUGUAAUUAAAGAGGACACUCUCCGCGGGGGAGACACUAUCCUCUGUGACACUGGCGGUGUAAAAUUGUUAUAGUAUUCCUUUAAUGAACGUCCUGUUUUGUAGUGGUUUCAUGGUUUAAAUAAAUGCAAGGAAUUUACUGUAUUUUGGUUUGUUUGUUGUUUUAGGCAUUAAUUAUAGAAACGACUGUCCUGUGGAACCUUUUAUACCAAUAUAUCUUAUAGUUGCUGGUUCUUGUGGUCUUUUAAAAGCAAUUAUUUUAACUUGUGAAAAAUUAAAGAAUCCUGAAACUGACGAAGAACGGAACACGGACGAAUUUUCAUCAUAUGAAGACAUAUCAAAUACUAGUAAAUUUAUGGAUGGUAUUCUGAAUAUUUUUAUGUUCACGUGGUUUAUAGCUGGGAAUGUGUGGGUUUAUACACACUAUAAACCUAACGCGAAACCGCCAUUACACGAUCCAUUGAACUAUUGUGAACCCACGGUGUACUGGUUUGCGUUUUGGAUUGUAACUGUCAGUUAUGUCAUAAUGGGAACAAUAUUUUUUUGCAUAUGCUGUUUAGGAGCAUGUGCAAGCUGUACAGCGCUUUUUGUAACAAAAACUUGAAGUUUGGAAGAGAAUUUUAUAUGGUAUUGACUACUGUAUGGUGUCACGACUGAAUGCUAUAUAUAAUUAACUGGAUU